AUGUAUCGAAAAAUCGUUAUAAUACUUUCUAUUUUCAAAUUAGCAACAUCAUCUUUAUGGGAUGGAGACUUUAGUAUAGCGGAUGGUGUUAAAUUGGUUUCUGUACCUAACAGUUUAGAGGAUGAAGGUAGAUCAUUUGGAAAUACGCCGCUUUUGAGAGUAACUAGAUUUCUCCAAAAUCAUGAAUUGCAUGUCAAGUUGCCAAAUUUGAUUGAAAAGGAUAAGCUAAGUCAAAUCUUGUCCGAGACGCUGAGGGCGAUAGAUGACUCCUACAAAGAGAAGACAGUAACCGGAAGAGGAAAAGGUGAUGGUGGAGCAGGUUCUCUGGCGUUAUUAGGUCUCAUGUUUGCAAAGACUUUAGGCGCAGCUGGUAUUGGUGGCUUGGGCCUAUUGACUAUGAAAGCUUUAGCAGUAUCAGCACUAGCAUUGAUGCUCUCUGCUAUAGUCGGAGUCAAAAAACUAGCGUCUCACGAUGACCAUGACGACCAUCAAGUCAUUUACGCAGGACACCAUGGCCACCAUAGAAAACGAAGACACAUUGAAACCCCCCUCCCUUACCAAGGGUGGACGAAAUACCAA